GGCACAUCUCUCAUUCUCUUUCUAGAGAAUCGUUGCUGGUCUCCGCCUUUUCCGUCCGGACUCCGUAUCUUUGUUUAUAUAUAGCCCCCAAGGAUCGCCAAGAUCAGAUUAUUAGUCCUACCUCCUCCUUCCUCUUCUUCUUCUUCUUCCUCCUUCUAUCUCCGGCCGAAUUCCGUCACUACCACCACCGGCAGCAGGGAGCGGCGGGGGACGAUGGCGAACCUCACCUGUACCGUGGACUUCUUGGGACCGCUCUUAGGCGGAACAGCCAACGCGAACGCAUCUGCGGAGUUCAUCUGCAGCCGCUUCCAGAACACCGCCGACCAGUUCACGGCCACAACCUACGCCGUCAAUAACACUUACCUCUUGUUCUCGGCCUACUUGGUGUUCGCCAUGCAGCUUGGCUUCGCGAUGCUCUGUGCCGGAUCCGUCCGAGCCAAGAACUCCAUGAACAUCAUGCUCACUAACGUCUUAGAUGCGGCCACCGGUGGAUUGUUUUAUUAUUUGUUCGGUUACGCCUUCGCCUUCGGUUCCCCCAGCAACGGCUUCAUUGGGCGCCAUUUCUUUGGACUCAAGGGCUUCCCGAACUCGACGUACGAUUACAGCAACUUCCUUUAUCAGUGGGCCUUCGCCAUCGCCGCCGCCGGCAUCACCAGCGGCUCCAUCGCUGAGCGCACCCAAUUCGUCGCCUACCUCAUCUACUCUGCCUUCCUGACGGGCUUCGUUUACCCCGUGGGCGCUCACUGGAUCUGGUCCACCGACGGGUGGGCUAGCGCCUUCAAGCCCACCAACCGCCUCUUCGGCUCCGGGGCCAUCGACUUCGCCGGCUCCGGGGUUGUGCACGUCGUCGGCGGUGUCGCCGGCCUCUGGGGUGCGGUGAUCGAGGGUCCCCGCAUAGGCCGCUUCGACCACGAGGGCCGCUCCGUCGCGCUUCGCGGCCACAGCGCCUCCCUCGUCGUCCUGGGCACCUUCAUCCUCUGGUUCGGUUGGUACGGCUUCAAUCCCGGUUCCUACAACACCAUCCUCGUCCCCUACACGGCGGGCGGCUACUUAGGCCAGUGGACGGCCGUCGGACGCGCGGCUCUCACCACAACCAUCGCCGGCUGCACGGCCGCGCUGACCACCCUCUUCGGCAAGCGCCUGCUCUCCGGCCACUGGAACGUGAUAGACGUCUGCAACGGCCUGCUCGGCGGGUUCGCCGCCAUCACCGCCGGCUGCUCGGUCGUCGAGCCUUGGGCAGCCAUCAUCUGCGGCUUCGGCGCGUCGUGGGUGCUCAUCGGCUGCAACUACCUGGCGGCACGACUGCACUACGACGACCCGCUUGAGGCGGCGCAGCUGCAUGGCGGCUGCGGCGCGUGGGGACUCAUUUUCACGGCCCUCUUCGCCACCAAGGACUACGUCACCAAGGUCUACGGCAGCGACCGGCCAUACGGGCUGUUCAUGGGAGGGGGAGGCAAGCUCCUGGCAGCGAACGUGAUCGAGAUAAUUGUUCUCUUUGGGUGGGUCAGUGCCACCAUGGGCACGCUCUUCAUCGUUCUGAAGAAGCUGAACCUUCUCAGGAUCUCCGCCGAGGAUGAGCUCGAGGGGAUGGACAAGACCCGCCAUGGCGGGCUCGCCUACGCCUGGCACGACGAUGACGACGUCAAGGUCAAGGGACCGAUGCAGAUGGAGCUACCCACCAAGGCCGACGCUGCCCCGGCAGCCUACGUCGACCUCCCCAGCAUGGGUCCUACUCGUGCCGCCUGAGUCAACCAUGGCAACUUCUUUUCACUUUUUUUUUUUUUUUUUUCUUUUCUUUCUUAGUUGCCGUCUUCCUUUCUAAAGACAACGAUUAGGUGAAGGAGCUUCCUGUGUGAUCUUUCCUUCUGCACCAUUUGUCUUUGUCGUCUCUGUCUCUUCCUCUCUGCUUCUCUGCGAGGGAGCUGGGAUAAGAGGUGGAGAGAGUCUGAUUUGAAUCCUGUCCACAGGUACGUGAUCCUUUUUGUGUGAAUAGAUGAGGGUUGUGGGGUGUGGCUGUAAGUGGGUGUUGAUUUCUGGCUCUGUUUUCUCUUCAUUUGUGACAGUCAUCAAUCUCUUCUUUUCUUUUCUUUAGAACUGUAGAAAAAAAAAAUAAAGGAUUUUGUUGCUUGACUUU